CAACUUGGCAUUAUGGCUACAGUCGACGAGAUCGCGACGGUGCCCAAGGGCUCACCCUCGCCAGCUGCAGACGUACCUGUAGAGCCUGUGACUGAAAAGACCAACUACGGUCGAAAUGAAGAGUCUUCAGACUCAGACAGCCUCCAGGCAGGUGUACGCAGGGCCGAGAUGCUGCGCACGGGCUGGACGCGCCAAGGGCUGAUUAUAACCUUCACUGGAUUGUUCCUGGCGUCUCUGGUGAACAAUUUUGGCGACUACUCUACCCAGGUGUACGUGCCGUAUGCAACCUCCUCGUUCAAGCAGCAUUCGGCAAUGUCGGCUGCUAAUGUCGUGGCCAAUAUUACGCGGAUUGCGGCGUACCCGAUCAUCGCGAAGCUGGGAGAUGUAUUCGGACGAGCGGAGAUGUUCACGCUCUCUAUCCUGUUCCAGGCUAUUGGAUAUGCCAUUUAUGCUGCAUGCAAGAAUGUUUCCCAAUAUAUUGCCGGGGGUAUCUUCGAGAAUAUCGGGUCCACCGGCUUCGGCCUCACGCAGCAAGUCUUCGUCGCAGACGUCACGAACCUCGUCAACCGCGCCGUCUGGUCCACCCUCCCCGACUCCCUAACCGUCAUCCCAGCCCUGUACAUCGGCACCGAAAUCUCGACCCGGAUGCUCGCAGACUCGCACUGGCGCUGGGGCUAUGGAAUGUGGGCAAUCAUCCAGCCCGUCUGCUCGACACUCCUAGUCGGCGCAAUGCUCUACUACCAGCGGCGCACGCCAGCACCCAAGAAAACUUCCGAGAUGAUCGGCUGGAAUGAGAGCAGCAGCAGCUACUGGAGGCGCAUCUACAACGUAGUCUGGAUCCAGCUCGACGGAUUCGGCGCUGUGCUUCUUCUCCUGGGCCUCUCGCUCUUCCUCAUUCCAUUGUCACUCACGGGGUCCGGAAAUAGCGAUGACUGGCACAAGGGCUCGUUCAUUGCCAUGCUUGUACUGGGCGUUGUCAUCUUUGCUGUCUUCAUUGCAUGGGAUACCUGGGUUGCGCAGAAGCCAUUCAUCCCAUAUCGCAUGAUCAAGAAUCGAACCGUCGCUGCAGCCUGUCUGCUCGGCGCUCUGGACUUCUUCCACUACUCCGUCUUUACUGUCUUCUUUACCAGCUAUCUCCAGGUAGCUGCGCAUUACGGACCAGCCACAGCGACGCGGAUUGACAACUCCCUCCGCGUCGCCUUCCAAGUCUCCGGCAUCUUCGCCGCCUAUUUCAUGAAAUACACCCGCCGCUCGCAGAUCUGGGUCCUAACCGGCGUGCCCCUCUGCGUGCUCGGCAUGGGCGUGCUCCUAUAUCUAGUCGACAUGGGCAACGGCCGCGUCGGCAACGAAGCAGCAUUCGUAACCGUGAAAUCACUCAUCGGAAUCGGCCGCGGGUUCUACCAGACUGCAGCGCAGGUCUCCGUGCAGGCCAAGGUUUCGAGGGGGGACGUCUCCGUCGUCACGGCCGUUUUCUUUGCCGCUAUGAGUGUUGGGGCUGCGAUUGGGACUAGCGUCGCCGGCGCAAUCUGGCGCAACACGCUCCCGGAGAAACUCUCCCAGCAUCUCCCGGCCGAAUACAAAGACCAGGCCGGCGCGAUAUUCUCGAGUAUAGUCGUGGCGCAGGAGUAUGAGGUUGGAACGCCUGUGCGUGAGGCGAUUGAUACCGCGUACCGGGGUUCUCAGCGGCUGCUGGCUAUUGCGGCGCUGGCGUCGCUGGUGCCUAUGUUGGUGAUUAUGUUCUUUUUGGAGAAUGUGAAGCUUGAUGAGAGGACGACGGCUGUAGGGAAGGAUGAUGACGGUAAGCCUGGGGUGGAUGGAGAAGUUAGGGAGAAGGCGUGAUGAUAUCUGGUAGAGAUUAAGACGAAAUGUAUUAAGAUGGGAGAAGAAAAAUAGAUUACUACACCAUCUGCUGAAGGUAUAAAGGCAAGGCGUCUAGACCACUCUUCCAUUAGCCCAGGGGUAACUACAAAACAUUCCC